AUGUCACCUGUGAAUUCAAGGCGGGGGGACCACUCCUUACAAACUGGAUCCCACCUCAAUCUUUGUCUAUUUGUCGUAGGUGAACUGCUCCUGCUUUCCAGUGCCAUUUGCCUGCUCUGCGGGGCGUGUGGCUGCCCAGAGAAGUGCCGCUGUCACUCAGAGGCCGUAGACUGCAGCCGACAGGGUCUGGCUGAAGUCCCCUGUGGUUUGCCGCCUCAGACUCUAACACUGCACUUACAAGAUAACCAGAUCCACCAGCUUCCUGCUUUUGCGUUUAGGUCAGUGCCAAGGCUCGUGACCUUGAACUUGUCCAACAAUUCCCUGUCGACUCUGGCCCCUGGAGCUUUCCAUGGUCUUCAGCACCUGCAGGUUUUAAACCUAACCCAGAACUCCCUGCAUUCCCUGGAAAACAGACUUUUCCAUCCCCUCCGACAGCUGAGGGAGCUUGAUCUGUCAUCAAACAACAUGAGCCACCUUCCUACAUCCCUGGGUGAGCCUUGGGAGAAUCUAACCGUAUUUGCAGUUCAACAAAACCAGCUUCAGCACCUAGAUCGAGCUCUCCUAGAAUCCAUGCCCCACGUGAGGCUUUUGUUUCUCAAGGACAACCUCUGGAAAUGCAAUUGCCACUUGCUGGGUCUUAAACUCUGGCUGGAGAAAUUCGUCUAUAAAGGGGGAAGGACGGAUGGCGUCAUCUGUGCGUCACCAGACACCUGGAAGGGAGAGAACCUCCUUACAAUCCCUCACGAGCUGUAUCUGCCCUGCCCUUCUCCUCCUCCGGACCUGGUACCGGCACAGGCUCAGCAGCCAGGCUCUGCUCAUGGCGCCGCCCUGAGGCCUCCAGAGAGCCGCCCCGCAGGGGAGCUCGACCACUUGGAGUGUGAGCUCAAGCCCAGACGGAGGCCCGCCAACCUGCGGUACGCCGCGGCCACCAUCGUCAUCACCGGGGCUGUGUGUGGGAUUGUGUGUCUCCUGAUGCUGGUGGCCACCAUCUAUGGCUGCACCUACGCGGCUAUCACAGCCCAAUACCCUGGGCGACCCUUGGCUCCAACUGAUGAGCCUGGGGAGACGGGAGGAAAGGAGCUACUUGACAGCUCACCAGCCUGA